CUGGUCACACCAAUCCAGCUGCUUGAUCCAGCUAUUGCUCUCCAGCUUAUGUACAUGACCGGUUCACAUAUCAGUCAAGUCAACCCAUGUAACCAUCAGGCUAAUGUUUGUUACUACUAUUCUGUAUCAUAUCAUUACCAACGCCCUUUGAUUAAUUUUCGGAGCCACUGGGAGGAAAAGGAGUACAGCCUGCGGAUUCAAUGACGCUUAAGAUUGGUGGCAACUACCGGUGUAUAGUAACGUUCCAACGAAGCCAAAAUACAUUGUUAACUUUAAGCACGCGGCAACAUAUGCAUUCUUGGCCAAGGCUAGGUCUUCAAAAUUCAAAUGCCCACCUAUAUAAGUAGCUUCAUGCUGGAGCUAUGGCAACACGCCAACACGCAUUCUCCACCGAUCGACCACUUACAUUUCUCUCUUCCCAUCCAAUCUUAGUCGAGCAAGCAAGCUAGCUUCGAAAAAAUGGCGACUGUUGCUGCAAAGCUGGGCGUUCUAAUGGCUUGUGCAUUGCUGCUCCUCGCCGUCGGGUGCCAGGCCAGCCCUUUCUGGCCACUCGAGGUCGGGUUCUACCACGACAAGUGCCCCCAAGCGGAGGCCGUUGUCAAGGGCGUCAUGGAGAAGGCCAUCUCCCAGAACCCCGGCAAUGGCGCCGCCAUGAUCCGCAUGCUCUUCCACGACUGUUUCGUCGAGGGCUGUGAUGCUUCCGUCCUCCUCGACCCGACCCCGUUCAGCCCGACGCCGGAGAAGCUCAGCCCGCCGAACGACCCUUCCCUGCGCGGCUUCGAGCUGAUUGACGCGAUCAAGGACGCCGUCGAGGCAGCCUGCCCGGGCGUCGUCUCCUGCGCAGACAUCGUCGCCUUCGCGGCCCGUGACGCGUCCUGCAUCCUUAGCAGGGGCAAGGUAAACUUCAAAAUGCCGUCCGGCCGCCGCGACGGCACCUUCUCCAACGCCUCCGAGCCGCUCAAGUUUCUGGUCCCACCGGCGUCCAACCUCAGCGACCUCGUCGACAGCUUCGUCGUCAAGGGCCUCAACACGGAGGACCUGGUCAUCCUCUCCGGCGCGCACACCAUCGGGCGCUCCCACUGCUCCUCCUUCGUUCCCGACCGCCUCAACGCCCCCUCCGACAUCAACGGCAGCCUCGCCGCGUUCCUGAGGAGGCAGUGCCCGGCCGACGCGACUUCGGGAGGCAACGACCCGACGGUGAUGCAGGACGUGGUGACGCCCAACAAGCUGGACAGGCAGUACUACAAGAACGUGUUGUCGCACACGGUGCUCUUCACCUCCGAUGCAGCGCUCAUGACGUCGGAGGAGACGGCGAGAAUGGUGGUGGACAACGCCAACAUCCCCGGAUGGUGGGAGGACAGGUUCGAGAAGGCCAUGGUGAAGAUGGCCGGCAUCGAGGUCAAGACCGGCUACCAGGGCCAGAUCAGGAAGAACUGCCGCGCAAUCAACCACUACUAAGUGGAGUGGUACAGCUGCGCACGUACGUGAGCAUGCAUGGUGAAAGAGAUCACUCAAUCUCGACUUAAUUCUUUGCUCUAACCUGCAAUCGAGUUCAUGUUGUAAAAUUUGGCAAUAUUCUUUCACUGCGCUCUUUUUCUUAAUUGUCGUUUUCCCUUUGGUUAUUUCUUUGUUCAAUUCUCUCCGAGCUACGGAAUUCUUUGUGUAUAUGGUGUAGUACAUGUGUGACUGCAAAGCAAUCUUGUUAUAAUAUUCUGUAUUUGAAAUAAUAAAGUGAUGCAUGCAACAAUUUUCUUUC